UCCAAAAGCCUCAAAAUCCACACCUUCUACCAAAUCCCAAAGCAAAAUUCACCAUUAAGCCAACAACAUAAUGACAGGCCCAGCAAGCAACGACUCCGGCAUCUCCUCCGGCUUCAAAUUCGUCACCUCGACCGUUGGGAACACCGUCGGCGGCGUCACGAACACGCUUGGUGGUGUCGUCGGUGCGGCUGGGAGGGGUGUGGCGGAGGUUGUUGAGGGCGCGACUGGAGAUACGGGGAAGCCGUUGGCGAGGGGUGUGGCGGAUGUGGCGAAUGGGAUUCAGGAUGGGAGUGCGAGUGUUGCGAAGGGGGUGAAGGAUGCUGGGCAGGGGAAGUGAGGAGGAGUGGACUGGUGGAUCUGUGGAUAUGAUGAUUAUUUUGUUUGUGCAAACUGUUGUCUGGGUUGAGUGAGGGCCGUAGUGAUGUGUUGGUGAGAUGUUCUAGCGGAGUGGUAAGGUUUUGUUCUUAUCUAUCUCGUGUACUCAUGAUAAUUGAGUAGAUCUACAUCAUGACAACUACGCCUGGUAUUCACCCAAGGAUCAAA